UUAAUGUUUGUCAGCAUCAUCUGACAACAGUAAAAGUCAUAUGACCAUCAAGGAAGAGAAACUCAAACUUCGCAGUAGUGUCUCCAGACUCUUAUAUCCAUGUUCAUGUCCAGCAGACUGUGAAAAUGUUUUCUCUCCGUGUCUUCUGCACUUUUGUGUUCUUGUUUCUGCAUGCGGCGAGCGGCAUGUAUGAUCCAGAUGAGGUGCUGGAUCUACCGGGCAUGUCUUUUAAACCCAGUUACAGACAGUGGUCUGGCUAUCUGAAGGCCAGUUCUGGAAAGUUUUUGCAUUACUGGUUUGUGACGUCUCAGAGGGACCCAGUUAAGGAUCCAGUGGUGUUGUGGCUGAACGGAGGGCCAGGCUGCAGCUCUUUAGACGGGUUUCUGUCAGAAAAUGGACCUUUUCAUGUCAGAGAUAAUGGAGCCACUCUUUACGAGAAUGAAUUUAGCUGGAAUAAAAUUGCCAAUGUUUUGUAUAUUGAGUCACCUGUUGGAGUGGGUUAUUCCUACUCCGAUGACCAAAAAUAUCAAACCAAUGAUAAUGAGGUGGCAGAUAACAAUUACCUGGCUUUGCAAAGCUUUUUUGCCAAGUUUCCCAAUUUCACCCAGAAUGAGUUCUUUAUUUUUGGUGAGAGUUAUGGAGGCAUCUAUGCACCCACACUCAGUCUGAGAGUGGCCACUGGAGGUCAGCUCAAAGUCAACUUUAAGGGCUUUGCUGUGGGAAAUGGCAUCAGUAGCUUUGCACUAAAUGACCAGUCACUAAUAUACUUUGGUAACUACCAUGGGCUGUUUGGAGAACAGCUCUGGAAGGAUCUAAAUGACAACUGCUGUGAAAAUGGAGUCUGCAACUUCUACAACAAUUCCAAAGAGUCCUGCUCUGAUGUGGUAUCACAUGCAUUUAAUAUAAUCUAUAACUCUGGGCUGAAUAUGUAUGCGCUGUACCUUGACUGUGCUGGGGGAGUCCAAUCUCAGAGAGCAAUGAUGCACCUUUUCAGAAACUUCAGGAAGCAUUGGGUGACCAAUCAGAUAGCAGACAGUACCCCAAGUGUUCAAGGAGUGCCUCCGUGCAUCAACAGUACUGCUCAACUGAACUGGCUUAACCGAGGGGAUGUGAGGAAAGCGCUGCACAUUCCUGAUGUACUUCCAGCAUGGGACAUCUGCAGUGAUGUUGUGGGAAACCAAUAUCACACCAUUUACGAAACCAUGAAGGACAUUUAUUUGAAGCUGCUGGCUGUCGGUCUGAGAGCUUUGGUCUAUAAUGGAGACACAGAUAUGGCUUGUAACUUUCUUGGAGAUCAGUGGUUCGUGGAGCAGCUUGGUCAGAAGGCAAGCACACAAUACCAGCCCUGGAUUUAUGAUAAGCAGAUUGCUGGAUUCUACCAGCAGUUUGGUAACAUCACUUUCAUCACAGUCAAGGGUGCAGGUCACAUGGUUCCUCAGUGGGCUCCGGGUCCAUCCCUCCAGAUGCUCCAGAGAUUCCUGUCCAACAAGCCUUACUGAACUUCCUGCAGAUCAUUUCCUGUUGCACCUAAUCGGAUUUUAAGAAGUAAUGCAGGAUAGAUUUUAAGAUUUUUUAAGAAAAACUUUGACAUGAAUGAAGCUGUACGACACAUUACUCAGGGACUGUUGGGUGUAUCUUUGUUUACAUUUUUUGGUUAACUGUUUUUUACUGCAUUGUAUUUGGACACUAGGGAUGGCUUUCAUAUUCAUGUUGAUCAAAGCACAUUUUGUUCUUAAAAUGUUUCAUUCAUUCAUUUUCCUUUUGCUUAGUCCCUUUAUUCAUCAGGGGUUGCCACAGUGGAAUGAACCACCAACUUAUCCAGCAUAUGUUUUACACAGCAGAUGCCCUUCCAGCUGCAACCCAGUACUGGAAAACAUCUAUUCAUUCACACGCACAUACACUACGGCCAAUUUAGUUUAUUUAAUUCACCUAUAGAGUAUGUGUUUGGACUGUGGGGGAAACCGGAGCACCCAGAGGAAACCUACGCCAACACAUAGAGGUAAAGUUGGUUUUAUAUUUGGAUAUUCAGACAUUCUCCUUAAUAUUAUAAUUUUAAAAAAGUAUUGUUUGCAAAUUCUAAAUAGUUAAAUCAUAUUAGCAGCCGACUAUCAAUGUACAACAUUGUUCACAGUCAAUUAGAUAGUGCUAAUGUUGUUUUGAAGUCAUACUUGCAUGCUAAUUUAAACAGAAUAUUCAAAGUAGCAUGGUAAACAAUAAAGAGACAGCUAAAUAACGAAUGUGCGAAUAUUAAACCAACUUUACAUCAUGGGGAGAACAUACAAACUCCACACAGAAAUGCCAACUCACCCAGCCGAGACUUGAACCAGCGACCUUCUUGCUGUGAGGCAACAGUGCUAACCACCAAACCACCGUACCACCCUAAAAUUUUUCAGACAUGCAGUUUUAAGAAGUCAAAUAAAUCAAAUCAUGGAUAAUUAUAAGGCAGUUUUAAUGUGUAUCAUUUAUUCUUUAUUGCCCUCGCAAAUGUUUUUAGAUCGCUGGACAAUGCUUUGAGAUCUCUUAAAUUAAUAAGUAGUAAAAUGCUCUUUUGUAUGUUGUCAAAUAAAGUACUGAGGAGAAAUUGA